CUCCUCUCUCCGCCCCCAUUCCGCCCGCAUAAUCGCAUGUCGCAGCAACACCACCACCAUCUUGUCGCAUCCGACACUGAACAAUCCUGAGCAGCAGGCAACCCGUUCCGCUGUUCCAUCCCAUCUACUAGACUAACAACGCUCACCCCUCGACACCGGGAGCUUCUGAGACCAACACCAACACCAGGACGAACCUAAAGCUUCCACCCGCCCACCGUCACGAGCUCCCCUCUUCCCUCCAUCACCACGUGCUCCCGCUUGCUCUUUCGACCACGAACGGUUCGCGCUGAUUCCACCUACCCAGAGCCUUCCCGAGACCAUGUGCUUCCAUCACCCUUUACCCUAUUUCCCCUUCCUACAUAACGCCCACGCCCUGGGCCGUCCCGCGCCCGCAGUUCGUCUUGGAACCUUGUCCAAGGCACAAACGAAGAACAAACUGGCUCCCUUCGGGCGAUUUGGCCCCCCGCGCCCGCAACCUCACAACCGCACCAGCCUCUUGCGAUACCUGUUCCCGCGAAGCCUACGAGACCGAUACCGCGAGCGUCUUCUCGACUUCCGCGUCGACACCCUACCCCAGCUCAAGCGCCGGUUCCAGUCCAGCAUAUACCGAUACAUCCUCGAGCGCCAGCGCAAGCGGAACAACAAGACCAGGCUAGUUGACCUUUUCGCCCGCCACGGUCGCCGGCUGCUCCUGGGUCCGACUUCGGUCAAGCCGAAGCGGCAUCCGAGGGAGAGAGGGGCCAACUUAGGCAAAAGGAUGCCCACGUUCUCAGACUAUACGACCUACGGAGGAGGCGGCGGAGGGCGUGGCGCUGCCGGUGCCGGUUCCGGUGCCGGUGCCAGUGCCCGUAUUGGUGCAGGAGACGGUUAUGGAUACGGUGCUGCAUCCGCCGAUGACCCGGGCGAGAGGGGCUCUCGGCGAAAAUGGCUGGCCGCAAAGGCUGGGAGUGUAUACCGCGCUGGUGCUACUGCCGUCAACGAGAUAAGGGAAGGGUAUGCGCAGACGAGGGUACGGCCCCAGGAGCCCGACGACGGCAUGCCCCGGACGACGAUCCCUGGAUCGUUUCCUGACGUCGCCAUCACAGUGCGGGGAGACGAUCAAAUGGUCAUCUUCCCGUCGUAUGCAAAGCGCCAUGUCAAGCAAGACUGGACUGUGGAACACCAGCAGCAUUCUGAAGAGCAGCCGGGGAGUGUCAAAGACCAAGAAUUUUGGAGAAGAGAGUGGGAGCGCAACGAGGAUGAACGGGCCAUCGUCGACAUUGACGUCAGGGGCUGGGUGUACUCGCCGCACAAGGGCCCGAUAACCAGGAGAAACCGCAUUCUCAUCGGUCUUGCGCGCCAGCUGAGCGGCAUUCCGGCGCCUAGGCAGGACGUCCCCGCGCCCGUCGAUAACCUGUCCGCUUUGCACCAGUCCCACGAGGAGAGGCGCGAACAGGAGAAGAUUGCUAAGGAAGCGGCAGAAAUCGAAAAGAGAGGUCAAGAGGAACAGCGUGUGGCGUACCAAGGCCGCUUCAGCGAGGCGCCAAAGGACGGGUCCGAUGACGACGCACAAAGCAUAUACCGCGCGAGGUCGAGGUCUCGAAGCGGCGCCCAUACACCCAUGACAGCCCCGGGGUCUCCCAAGCUGGUACCGGCCAGGCAGAACACGACGGGCGCUGACCUCACAGACGCCGAACUCUCUGUUGCGAACGCCAACCUCAUGGCAAGGAUAGCACCGUUCAUGACGACGCCUCUGGUCCAGCUGCCCAUCACCGUCUUCUUCUACAACGAUGAAAAGUCGGCCUCGCGGACGGUACAGACAAACGACGCCGGUCACUUCAUCCUCCGCGCUGCCUUGGAGUUUGUCCCCACGCACGUCCGCGUCCUCGCCAAUGAGGAUCUAUCGGCUACCCAAGAGGUCAAAAUCAUCGAGCCGAAGGGCGUCAGCCUGAUCAGCGAUAUCGACGACACUAUCAAGCGCUCUAACAUCUCGGGUGGUGCCAAGGAAAUCUUCCGCAACACGUUUAUUCGAGAGCUGAAGGAUUUGACAGUGGACGGCGUUCGAGAGUGGUACAACGAGCUGCAUAAGAUGGGUGUCAGUAUGCAUUAUUGCUCUAACAGCCCGUGGCAACUGUUCCCGGUGCUUGCGAGCUACUUCAUGAUCGCCGGCCUGCCCCCGGGCUCACUUCAUCUCAAGCAAUACAGCGGUAUGCUGCAGGGGAUAUUCGAGCCGGUGGCGGAGAGGAAGAAGAGCACCCUCACCAGGCUCAUGCACGACUUUCCGGAACGCAGGUUCUUAUUGGUCGGUGACAGCGGCGAGGCAGAUUUGGAGGUCUACACCGAGCUGGUCGAGGCACAUCCGGGACGCAUCAUCGCCAUCUUCAUCCGCGAUGUUACGACUCCAGAACAGGCUGGCUACUUUGACAAUUCUUUUGGGGGUGGCGGAAACACACGUCAAAAGGCCCCAACGUUUAGGAUCACAGACCAAAGCGAUACGCCUUCGAGCCGGCCAGGGCUGCCUCCGCGCGGCGAGGCCAAGACGGUAGGACCAGUCAUCGGCGACCUGAUUGACUUCUCGGACGAGCCCGAGGAGACGACACUGAACGAUAAGGCCGCCCUGGCUCAGAUCAAGGCCAGGCCGAAGCCGCAGACGAGCUCCACCGAUAUAGUCGUAGGUCGCAAGCCCGCUCCGCCUCGACCGAACAAGCCUGCAGCUCUCCGCAGCGCUCCGUCGGAUACGAACUUGAACACACUUGGUGCCAACGGCGGUGGUGGUGGUGUUGCCACACCUCCUGCUGUGCCGCGAUCUCGGAAGCCAUCCGCUGACCGCGGCGGACCCCAUCCUCUGUCGCAGAUGCACAACUCGUCACAGCAGACCGUGGGCAGCAGCAGGAGCCUGCCAAAUGCAGCCAGAAUACCGGCCGCUGCGUCCCAAAAUUUCACGAGCAAAACGGCCAAAGUGCCGCCGCCACCGCCGCCGCCUCGGCGUCGAGAAACUUCAUCCGUCUCGCGGAGUCUGAGCCCGCGGAGGAUCGACAGCAGACGCAGGCUGUCGAGCAACGACGAUGUCGACUUUGAUGCGCUGCCCCCGUCCGCGGCACCCCAGACGCAGGCUCCUCCGCCCACCUUUGCGAGGGCCAGGACUGGCAGCCUUAAGUCGGGUGCCACGUCGCCGACGGGUAGCCCGAAUCUCGGACCCGCGGCAGCGCCGAACAGGAAGCACGAGUUGUGGAUGCGCCGGCUGCAGCGGGCUCAGGAAAUCCUGGAGUCGCACGGGGUGGCCCUGUACACAUGGCGACGAGGCGACGACGUCGUGGCGGAGGCCGUGGGGAUGGUCAAGGAAGAGCUGAGGAAGAUUGGCCUCAACGGGGAGAAGAACGCGACAACAGAGGGGAAGAGGUUUGAGAGACAGAUUAGGAGGGAGCAGUCACAAGAGCAGCAACAGCAACAGCAACAACAGCCGCGGGGGCCGUACCAACAGAGGCGGUAAUCGUC